AUGGGAAAGAAGAAGCAAGUUCGCAAGUUUGGCGAGGUCAAGCGAAUGCUUAAUCCCAAAGACGAUCGAUUGAAAGCCAACUCUGCUGUUCAAACCGCCGCCAAGAAAGCCGGUGCAUCUGGUUCGAGCAAGACGCAUACUCCCGAUGGAACCGUAGUACGACACAUCUCCACACCGGCAUCAUCCAUGUUUUUCGAACACAACACAUCCCUUGGACCACCAUAUCGAGUCCUCGUUGAUACGAACUUUAUCAACUUUGCACUGCAGAACAAGAUCGAACUGGUGCAAGGGAUGAUGGACUGUCUCUACGCAAAGAGCAUUCCAUGUAUCACGACGUGUGUGAUCAGCGAACUGGAAAAGUUGGGACCCAAGUAUCGAAUCGCCUUGCGGGUUGCGAGGGAUCCCAGAUUCGAAAGGCUGGAGUGCAGUCACAAGGGCACCUAUGCAGACGACUGUAUCAUCGAAAGGAUCACCAGUCACAAGUGCUAUAUCGUAGCCACGUGCGAUAGAGAGUUGAGAAGGAGGGUCAGGAAGGUUCCCGGUAUUCCGUUGAUGUACAUCGCGAGCAGACAGUUCAGGAUCGAAAGGUUGCCAGAUCAAGGCAUGGCUCAGUAG